CAGUAGUUUUCCCUUCCCCCUCUCUGCUGUAAACGCGUUUUCAAGGUCUCGCCAGCAGUUACAGGGAACCGUUCAAAUGUAGCUUUAGUCUAAAGUCCAGUGCUUCAGCUGUGGCUCGGAUUUAUCUGCCUGCAGACUUUGGAAACUGCAGGAGAAAACAUGUCACACUGGACUGAUCUGAAGAAAGAUGAUCUCGAGAAGCAGUACUCCCCCAGCCGGUGGUCGCACAGGAUGUCUGCAGACGACGUGAUCAAAGCUCACGUGAAGGCUCUGAAGGAAGGUACGGAGCGUGCCCGUGGUCUGGCUCAAACGUUGCUCAACGUGCCGUAUGGGGAGGGAGAUGGAGAAAAACUAGAUGUUUACAUACCCAGCACCAACUCUUUGGAUGUCCCCCUUGUUAUUUACCUACAUGGAGGCUACUGGCAGUUUCUCAGCAAGGAGGAUUCAGGAUUCAUGGCUGUUCCACUCGUUGGUAAAGGUGUAGUGGUGGUUGCCGUCGGCUAUGACAUCGCCCCCAAAGGCAACAUGGACCUGAUGGUGUCUCAAGUCCGCCGCAGUGUUGUGUCUGUUGUCCAGCAGUAUUCUCACAUCAGCGGCUUGUACCUGUGUGGUCACUCUGCCGGGGCUCACCUGGCUGCCAUGGUCCUCUCCACUGACUGGUCUGAGUACAGCAUCACUCCUCAGAUUAAAGGUGCUUUCCUUGUUAGUGGAAUAUACGACCUGCUGCCCAUCCUGUCCACCUACGUCAACGAGCCUCUGAAGAUGACAGAGGAGGUGGCGGUGAGGAACAGCCCCAGUCAGCUGGUCCCUCAGCUCAAGCUCUCGUCCUCCAGCUGCCACAUCAUCGUAGCCGUCGCUGAGAACGACUCGCCAGAGUUUCGCAAGCAGUCAGAAGAAUACUACAAAACUUUGGAGGCGUCAGGACUUGAUGUGACCUUGGAAGAUGUGGCCAACACAGACCACUUUAGUAUCAUCGAGCAACUUGUAGAUGGGGAGUAUCACCUGACAAAGCUUCUCUUGGAGACGAUGGGGAAGAGCUGAGGUGGCAGUCUUUGAUGCAUCAUCUAAUAUCCACAUACCUCUGUAUCCACAUGCACCUCAGAACAGGGUCAUUGUGAAAUGAUAAUGAUAAUAUAUGCAUUAUUUCAGGUUUGUACAACAGUAAAUGUACAAUCUUGCAUGGAUUGGUUUGACUAGUUAACUCUAUCAUGACCUCUAUGUUCACUGUAGCUACUACUGUCAGAACCUGAGUCACUAUAAUGAUGGUGAUUGUAGCAAAUUCUACUACUUUUAAACCUGCUCAUAUUCAAACAGACUUUUAACCGACCACAGUGCACAAUGUUAUCAUCAAGAAGUACUGUUCCACCGGCACACUGAGAGUUUUAGAGGUCAUGAUGAGUUUUGGCAUAUUUCCAGUGUUUUGUAAAAGGGUGGGUCUGUCUCUUUUGUGAUUUUCGUUCUUGUGACAAUCUGAACCGCCACUUAAAGACCAUGAGUAAGACAACAAUACUCAUUUCGGGAGUGCUGAUGUAUCAUACAAAAAAGAAUAAAGCUUUUGUUUUGUAUACACAUAUCUCCCCCUGGGAAAUUGAAUGAACACUAUAUAUUUGCACUGUUUAUUUGAGCCUAAUAUAGAAGAUAACUGAUAUUUAAAUGCACAUAUUUUUAAAGAUCAAAUGAGACUAAAUGUCCCUGAUGCACAUUGUUACUGCGCUUGUUCUAGUAUCUUUGGUAAUUGUUUACAAAAUGUCUUAAUCAUUACUGUAGAUUAUAGAGAGAAUCAUCUCAAUAA